AGCAGUUAGUGAGACAGUGUCCCUACUCCUGACGGGAUCUUCUACCAACUCCUCCUUUUGCCCCUCUUACAGUGACUGAUCGAUACAGAAGAGACGGACUCUACAAACAACAGGAGAACUUAGAAGACAUAACAAGAAAGAGUGAAGUAAAUCGAAGACGGAGUUUAGUUACACAAGGAAAAGAGAAUUAUUCUUAUUGCAAAAUAAAGGGCCUAUUAGUCACAACAGUUACACACGAACACACUAAAGUCAGCUUUCCUGUAUAACAACGAGCCGCAAACAGUACUAAAGAGGCAGUACAGACACUGAUGAAAACAGCAAAAUGCUGAAUUAAAAGUAAAAAAAAAACACACACACCAAAAAACGAUAAAGUGAACUAAGCUACCCUAAAAAUAAGGUUAAACCCGUGUUGAAAGGACGCACACACACACACACACACACACACUGACCAACAUGUCCAAUUAUUAUAACAACACCCACAUUUUCUAUGGGUCUUCGACAGCAGAAGUCUUCGCUUGGACAGACGACCAACUCACAGCCAUGAGCAGCAGCCGCCAGGAUGAAAAUGCUGAUCAGAAAAACUUCUGCCACCUGGACGUAGCCGAGUGGAGUGGCGAGGACUGUGUGGCCUGGGGUGAAUAUGUGUGCGCAAAACACAAAAUCGACGCUAACAUCUGGUCCUUCGGCAACAUUACAGGGAGGCAGCUGGUCAACUUCCUUCACUUAGACAUAUGCGAUAUAGUGGGCACUGAAUACGGCAACAUCUUCUACACAGAGCUACAGACCAUGAAGACCAUACCACGCCCAGACUACAGACAAGGUGGGUCCGGUGGGUUGACCACAGACACCGGUGACGCCUCCACGUCUACAGGCAGUCUGCCCUCCUGGUGGGAUAACCUACAGGAUUCUCCACUACCUGACGGAUUUCCCUGGAGCCAACUCCUUCACGAUGCCGUCCUGCAGGACUGCCCUUUGAUUCCCUUAACUAGGGAUCUGCACGCUAUUAACAUCGGUGACGGAGUCGAAGGUGCAGAUGAUGGACUCGGCGGGGCAGUGGGAGGAUUUGGCCAGCUAGAGGGCGGAUUUGGUGGGGCAGAAGGUGGAUUUGGCAGAGCAGAUGGUAGAUUUAGCGAAACAGAAGGCGGAUUUGGCGAGGCAGAAGGUGGAUUUGGCGGAGCAGAAGGCAGAUUUGAAAGCACAACCAGCGGAUUUGGCGAAGCAGAUGGCGGAUUUGGCGGGGUAGAAGGGGGAUUUGGCGGGACAGAAGGGGGAUUUGGUGGGCUAGAAGGAUGGUGUACAGGCGCUGUUAGCGGAUCUGGUGGCGCAAUUGGCGUAUCUGGUGGCGCAGUUGGUGGAUCUGGUGGCGCAAUUGGCGUAUCUGGUGGCGCAGUUGGCGUAUCUGGUGGCGCAGUUGGUGGAUCUGGUGGCGCAAUUGGCGGAUCUGGUGGCGCAAUUGGCGGAUAUGGUGACGCAGUUGGCGGAUCUGGUGACGCAGUUGGAGGAUCUAGUGGCGCAGCUGGCGGAUCUGGCGGCGCAGCUGGCGGAUUAGCGGAUCUGGUGGCGACACAUUGCGCAGUUAUCUGGUGGCGCAGAUCUGGUGGCGCAAUUGGAUCUGGUGGCGCAAUUGGCGGAUAUGGUGACGCAGUUGGCGGAUCUGGUGACGCAGUUGGAGGAUCUAGUGGCGCAGCUGGCGGAUCUGGCGGCGCAGCUGGCGGAUCUGGCGGCGCAGGUGGCGGAUGGGCCUGGGCACUAGAUCCCAUACGUGUGGAGCAGCGCGGAAGAACAAGAGGUCCUAUCGUGUGGGAGUUUCUGGUACGCCUAUUAAUCAACCCCACUUCGAAUCCGUCAUUGGUUAUGUGGGAGAACGAAACCGAGGGAACAUUCCGUCUAAUGCAACCAAGAUUAAUCGCACAAAUCUGGGGAGGACGAACAGCCAAUCCUAAUCUGUCAUACAACAACUUUGCCAGGGCUAUGAGACACCACUACGAGAAAGGUAAUCUUGUAGCCAACCCAGAGAGGCAGCUGGUGUAUGGCCUGGGAAGUAAAGCUCUGAAAUACCUCCAGCAGCUGCGAGCGAGCCAACACCACAUGUGAGUGAUAUCUACCUGCAGGUCCUCAAUCACCCACACGUUACCGUAUAAUUACUGUGUUAUAGUUACACUCCUCUCAAGCAAGUGAACAGUU